AUGAACUCAUGUACCCAAUACAUCGUAGAUACUCACCGGUACGAAGAGAAAAAAGAGGAUGGACUUCGGGCCAUUUCUCUCUCAACCACGCCCACUCCUCAUAACUACUCAACCCCCCCUUUGGCCGUAUCAGAAGUACUCUCCCUUCCAUCUCGAUCGAGUCCGGCUAUUAUCCGAUCCCUUCAAACCCCCAGUCACCGCUCUCGCCCUCUCGUCUCCUCCUCCCAUCCAUCCUCCUCUCCUCCUCCACCUUCCUCCACCACCACCUCAGUCAUCAUCAUCAACCUCGUCCUCCUCAUCCGCAGCAGUCACGCUUCAUUGAAUCCUUCCAACGCUCUUCUCACCACAUGCAACGCUAGAUCUGCAGUCACCCUCUCUCCUUCACUCACACUUCGAAUCGUAACACGACCCGACCUCCACGACAAAACUACCCGACGACGACCCAUUAUGCGUGAGGUCAACUUCAGCAUCCCAAAUGCCAACAAGGCCUCCGUCGGCAUCACCACCGCCCUCUAUGACCGCCGAGCUCUCGACUGCACAUCUACCCUCCCGCUUAUUAAUUCUCUCAACCACCUCGCAUACCUCACAACCUCCUCUGCCAGGAUACGUGACAUCCUCACCGUCGAUGGCGGCAUCGAACGACUGAUAUGCAUCCUCAAAGAGGGGAGGAGCAAGGACAUGAUGGACAUGUGGAAGUGGAACCUUGCCUUCCAAUGUCUCUUCAACAUCGGCGUACGGGGCUCUGAGAGUGUCAGGACGCGAGUCGUAGAGGCCGACAUGGUGCCCGUCAUUGCAACCAUUCUCGAUAAUUACAUCAAGGUCGUCGAUAAGUGCAGGGAGAAGGCAGAGAACGAGCUGCGAAGAAGUACCCGGCUUGGCGCUUCUAGCCGCCAUCACUCGUCACGAUCUGGCGAGAUCGCUUCCAGUUCAGGCCAUAGAACGGAACGAUCGCGAAGGAUGGUCCCUCCCCCUAUCGAGAUCCCGCAGACCUUCACCCCGACGUUCGGCCAGACGCCUUUGGAGUCACAGGCGGGUGACACCACCCCGACGCCUGCCUUCUCUCUCAGCUCCCCCCCGGAGCGAACAACCUUCGCCCGUGGCCGACCCUCUCAUCACCAUCAUCACCGUAGCCACGAGAACCGCACGCAACUGUUUGGAACAACGAGCAACAGCAACAACAACACCCCCAGGACCGUAGGACCGCCCCUUGCCUCCGCUUUGCCCACCAUAGAGACCACGCCCACCGACACAUUUCCACUUCGACCCGUUCGAGAUGCCGACCGUCUCCCUUCGAUGCUUCCUUCCUUGCAGGGAGAGAUUACAUCUCAGCCGCAAUCUCCAACGACACCAGGUGGCCCACACGUACGCCAGAACAGCCCGAGGGCAAGUGCCGGCCGCGGCCGACGCCGUCCCUCCAUCCGUCACCAGCAGUCUCUUUCGGGAGAGUCCGACAUCGACGCUCAACCUGAACCAGACAUUUCUGCCGAGGUGCCCGCAGUUGCAGGUACGGUCGUGAACGAACCGAUCGUGGGCAUCCAAAACGACAUCAACAUGGCUGACAUGGUCGAGAACACGGAGAUGUUGGACCCUGGAGCAACUCCCGUUGCACUGGCUGCACCGCCAUCAGAGGGGACUGACGAGAACCACGAGACUUUUAACAUCACACACCGCCCAGCUCUUGACGGAAGCUUGAUCAACCCUGCCGCCACCCAGACCAAUGCCCCCAUCGGUGGUUUCUCUCCCGUGCAACCCGCCAUCAACGUUGUGAACGCUAACCCUCCGCCGCCGUGGCAUCCUCGCUAUGCCCAGGACCGUAAUGCUACGGCUGGUGUUCUCGCUGCCAUGCCCCGCGAUGAAGACGUUCUCAUGUCCCUACAACUGCUCGCAUACGUUUCCAAAUAUUGUAACCUCAGGGCCUAUUUCCAGCAAUCUCACCUCGUCCCCAAGCUCAAGAUUGGUUCUGAUCUCCAACUGCUCGAUGGCGAAACGCCUAGCCCGGCCCCGAUGGCAGAAGAGGAGGAGCUGGAAGAAUACGAACUUCCCGACGACUUCAACAUCUUCCCCUUGGUCGAGAAAUUCACUGUCCGACAUCACACAUCGGACAUGCAGUACUGGGCUAGUGUCGUCAUGCGCAACCUCUGCCGCAAAGACGAUGCCCGCGGUGGCAUUCGACAGUGCGCCUACUACCAGUGCGGAAAAUGGGAAGAGUACACACGCCAAUUUGCCAAGUGUCGCCGCUGCCGACGCACCAAGUACUGCAGCAAGGAGUGCCAAAAGAGUGCAUGGGUCUACCACCGACACUGGUGCGUGGCCGCCGUUAAUUGA